AUGGCUUCUAUAAACUUUGAAACAGGAAAAUGUAUUAUCUGCCAAGAUGAUUUUAAAGACAGUAACAGCAAUGUUGUCAAGCCAACUGUGGGACAAGCAAGAGGUGUUGCAACCUUGCUUAGAAUAAGCAAAAUGAAAGAUGAUGAAGUUUAUCAACGUAUGAAAGUAGCCAAACUUGAAAACGCACCUAUUCUAUAUCACAUGAACAAUGCUUGCUACAGAGUAUACACCCAAAAACGGCAUACUGAAGAAACCAUUGAAGGAAUGGUUGGAAACACACCUCAUUCCUCAACAGCACAACCCAAACAAAUGAAAUGUUCCCUUCCACAAAGGAAUGAAGAAACUGAAACUGAAACUGAAAAAACCAUUGAAGGAAUGGUUGGAAACACACCUCAUUCCUCAACAGAACAACCCAAACAAAUGAAAUGUUCCCUUCCACAAAGGAAUGAAGAAACUGAAACUGAUACUGAAAAAACCAUUGAAGGAAUGGUUGGAAACACACCUCAUUCCUCAACAGAACAACCCAAACAAAUGAAAUGUUCCCUUCCACAAAGGAAUGAAGAAAAUGAAGAAACUGAAACUGAUACUGAAGAAACCAUUGAAGGAAUGGUUGGAAAUAGACCUCAUUCGUCAACAGCACAACCCAAACAAAUGAAAUGUUCCCUACCACAAAGGCCCUCUGUUGAAGCUGUUGAUGUACCUAAAUACCAGAAUGUUUGUAUAUACAUGUAUUGUAAUCAGGUCACAAAAAACAAAACAUAUGAAAAAUCCCGAAUUUCUGAAGAGAAGAAAGCUACCGAGUUUCUUGUACAAACCCAACACUUACAGGAUGAAGUGUAUACCAGCACCUGUCACCUCACUGAUGUGAAAGGAGUGAUUGAAGCUGAUCUCUUAUACCAUAACUAUUGUUACAAACAAUACAGCCAUAAAUACCAGAAAAGUACUGAUUCAAAUUCUAUUCAUGAUAAAUCAAAUAUGUAUGAUGUAUUUAAUGAUGUCAUUAAUGAAAUUCAACAAGACUUGAAUACAGGAAAAGCCUUCUCUGUAUCAGAGAUUUGCAAAGAGAUCGGUGACCGCCUUCGACGUAGCCCUGUUCAAGGGCAACUUGUCACCAAAUAUUUGCGUAAGCGAUUUGGUGAAGAUGUCACAUUUAUAAAGCACAGCAAGAGGCAGUCUCAGGAUUUUCUUCUGGCAAGCAAGAUAGAUGCUGUAAAAUUGGUAAUUAAUCAUUUAUAAUUUAAAAGUACUUAUUCAGUGUGUCAAAUAAGUCCCGUCCCCCCCCCCCCCCCUCUACAGCCAAGACCUUAAUAGAUGGUACCUAGUGUGAUAUACCAUUGGAAAGAUCAUCCAAAGUUACGUUAACUCACCAACUCUCAAGUAUUUUGGAUGAAAUUUAUCUAUAUUUUGAUAGUAUCCUUUAUAGUUA